CGAUUUUUAUCCCAAACUUCGGCUACCACGUUAGUUUUUAUCGGCAAAAACUACCUUUUGAUCGUUUUCUGGAUUUCCGCCGCCAAACAUUCGCUUUUCUCUAAUGUUCAUUUGUGCUGUUGUUUCGUUUCAGGUCUGAGUCGGUCUCGGUGAAGAUCUGCCGUCGAGGAUUUUUCAGCUGUGCGAAGAUCAAAGCCCCAAAACUCAUUUUUUUCUACUCGAGUAACGGACAUUCGCUUACUACUUUUUUGCUCCAGAUUGUUCAAGAAGGAAAAGCUCAAUUUCAGCCACCACAAUCCCGCCCAUUAUGCCAUUUUUCAGCCAAUAAUGCUAAAGUCAUGACAGUUUACGUUCUCUUAAACUGUUAAAAAGCUGAAAAUUGUUGCUGUUAAGCACAAUAUAUUAAUAGCAACCCGAGACGCAGAGGAGAGGUAUUAAUAUAAGCAGCUAUGGCCGUGGGCCCGAUGGACCCCAGAGAGGUGCUGAAAGGAGUUGAAGCUCUGCUGGGGAAGGAUGGAGAGCUACGAAGCCUUGAGGGAGUUGCUAAAGUCUUCAGUCUCAUGAAGGCCUCGCAUAAAAUGGUCAGCAGAUGCAUGUAUCUGAACAUCUUACUGCAGACAAAGUCACAUGAUGUACUUAAUCGGUUUAUUCGAGUUGGAGGCUACAAGUUGUUGAACUCUUGGCUCACCUACUCAAAGACCACCACUAACACCCCCCUGCUGCAGCUCAUACUGCUCACCCUGCAGAAACUCCCCCUGACUGUGGACCACCUCAAACAGAACAACACAGCCAAGCUGGUGAAACAACUGAGCAAGAGCGGCGAGACAGAAGAGCUGAAGAAGCUGGCGUCAGUGCUGGUGGAAGGCUGGAUGGCUAUUAUCCGCUCUCAGAGCGUCUCCAGUGGAGCGUCACCCAAUGACAAGAAAUGGAAAAAGGAGGAUGGAAAAGUGCGUCCAGAGGUGAAGCCCCGAGAAAAAGGAGCAGAGGAGGAGAAGAAAGACAAACCAAAAGCUUAUGCCCCAAGUCAUGCAAAGAUCCGCUCUACAGGUUUGGAGGUGGAGAGUCCAGCUCCAGUUCCUGUAAAGAAAACCCCCUCUGCACCCCAACUUGGAGACAAAUACAACAUCAAGCCUGCUGUUCUCAAAAGACCAAGCACAUCGCUGACCGACGCACCACCAGUGGAGAAGAAGUACAAGCCCCUUAACAUCACCCCCAACUCUGCCAAAGAGAUCAAAGUCAAGCUUAUACCCCCACAGCCGAUGGAAGGCACUGGAUUUUUGGAUGCCCUCAACUCCGCUCCAGUGCCUGGCAUCAAGAUCAAGAAAAAGAAACCAAAAGCAGUUUCCCCUACCACUAACAAGCCCUGUCCGUUUGACAGCAGGCCGCAGUCAUACUCGGGCACACAGGCCAAACCGUCUUCCCCUGAGACGCCCUCAUCUCAGACACCUCCUCAUGAGAACCAAGACCUGGAGCAGCCUGGCACACCCGUGCCCACCGAGGACCCUGAUGCCAUGGAAACCGGUGAUAAACCCAACGCUCUGUCUGAACCUCGCGGUGAGGAGGAGAGUCUGACUAAGAAAGGAAAGAAAAAGAAAAGCGUUCGGUGGGCGGAAGAGGAUCAUCUCAAAGAGUACUUCUACUUUGAUCUGGAUGAGACUGAGAGAGUGAACGUUAAUAAAAUUAAGGACUUCGGCGAGGCGGCCAAACGGGAGCUGAUGAUGGACAGGCAGACGUUUGAAAUGGCUCGUCGUCUUUCUCACGACACCAUGGAGGAGAGGGUGCCCUGGACUCCUCCACGACCUUUGACCCUCAUAGGCAACCUGGUCAUUCCUGGUUCCAGCAGCAGAGAGAAGAUGAUCCAGAGAGACCGAGAGAUGGGCAUUCUGCAGGAGAUCUUCCUCAGCAAAGAGAGUGUUCCAGACACUUCUCAUGAGCCAGACCCUGAGCCGUAUGAGCCCAUGCCUCCACGUCUCAUCCCACUGGAUGAGGACUGCAGUAUGGAGGAGAAUUACAUGGAGUCCGCUGACGCUGCUGCCUCCGGCGGCUCUAAUGAAAGCUCCAAGCUGCCUCCUGUUCUAGCUAACCUCAUGGGAAGUCUGGGCAACAGCGGCCGCAGCCCUCAGGCGCAAGGCAACGGUCCAACAGCCAGUAAUAACCCCGCUGUUAAUGUGCAGGAACUGCUCUCAUCUAUCAUGGGUGCUCAGGGAUCUAACCAGACUCCAGAGGACCUGAUCAAACAGCCUGAUUUCUCAGAUAAGAUCAAGCAGCUUUUGGGCUCUCUGCAACAAAACCAGAACCAGAAUCAGAACCAACCUGCCAAUGCUCCGCCAAUGAACAUGGGUCUGCUUGGCCAUGGCCCCGGCAUGAACAACAUGCCGAUGCCCAUGAAUGGGGGUUUCCCUCCAAACAAGCCCCCUGGACCACAUUUCAACCAUCCUCCUCCUCCCCACGGCCACGGCCCACCCUUCAACGCCGGCGGCCCACGCAUGAUGGGUCCUCCACCUGGUCCACAGGGCCGCGGGGCGGACAACGGCAACUACUGGGGCGACGACUCCAUGAGAGGAGGCCCGCACCGGGGAGGACACUUCCACCGGGGGAGAGGGAGAGGAGGAGAUCCGGGCUUCAGAGGACGAGGGGGACGCGGGGGACCACGCGGGGGACACAACAACAUGGGCGACAUGUCAAAUAGGCCGGUGUGUCGCCACUUCAUGAUGAAGGGAAAUUGUCGGUAUGAAAAUAACUGUGCGUUUUACCACCCCGGUGUAAACGGACCACCGCUUCCUCCCCAGCACAGUCACUGACACACCGAAAACUGCUGUUCCUUGAACUCGCCACUAGUGGGCAACAGGACUCGAAAUGAGCCUCGUGAACAGAAACUGAAAUGGGGGACGUUUGCGUCUGUGACGGCACAAUCCCACCUGCUUCCUCUGACUGUACAGUUGCUUCAUUGGAUCUGAACAUUAAUAUUUCUUCUCCAUUUGACACUACUUUCCCUCAUCUGGAAAGCUGUGAGAAGAUCUGAGAUCCUCUGUGAAGAGACGCAUUACUUGACUUUGCAGCCUACCUGUAAAUAGUGAUUCCUGGAGAUGUAUAUUUUUAUUGUGAUUCUGUGUACCACUGACCUGACUGCUAAAGAUUGUACUACAGAACUCUGUAACCACUAGGACACGAUGUAAAUAGUAAAUAGGCGUACAGUUCCUUAAGCUUCUCCCGGUGGCAAAAACCCAAGAUACUGGAUGUGCAGUUUUCUAAAUUAUAAUUGACACGUCAGUCAUUCUUUGCCUAAUGAAAUCGACACUUUGAAAAGUUAUCACCGCACAGAACGUUUAUUUUAAGAUUUUCUGGUUGAAUUAAGUCCCUCUGACGUUGCCGUACUGUUUGAUGUUUUAUUUUCAGGUUUCUAUUGAAGAGGGAGAAACCGUACUUCUAUGAAAUGUGUAGAUGCUUUCAAAUUUCCAGAUUUUCCUUUUUCACACACGGUCCUCGUUUUUUCAGUCCACGAUUUUUAGUUUUAAAGAUACUGAAAUGUAUUGAUGAAUUAGCAUUAGCAGAUUUGUUUUUCAUUGUGUUUUCCCCCGAAUUGGAAAUAGUAUGUACGCAAGGGGUUAAUACUAUUCAGAACCGCUACCUUUUGCAUUUUUGAAGUCCCACUGAAUACUUGAAUCGAUACUUUGUGAUGGAAAGUGAUCCUAACCUGCUAAAGAAAUAUCAGCUGUUGUUCUGUGUAGUGUGAUAAUCAGGAGAAUUAGUGCUGAUUUCCUACUUGA